AUGACCAACGCGCAGUCCUCCCUCGCCGUCGCGCGCUACGACACUGACGCCCUUCACGGCGCGCUCAAGAAACUCUUCAGACACCCCUCUCUCGUCACCUUCCUCCAGUCGUUCACCAGCAUCCACCACCUCACCCGGGCGUUCGACUUCGAGACCGACAUCGUGGUCGUCCCCUACAACGAGCAGGACGAUGGGACGAUGGGCUAUAAGUUGCGCCAGGAGCUUGCCGAGGAACUGGCCGUGACACUCCACUUCAUCGCACUCCUCACCUUCGCCCUCCUCAACAACUACUCGGUGCACCAGCAACUCGAGCGCCUUCCUGCCUUCCUCACGAUCUCAGCGCCUCCCGCAGGCGAGGUCGAUAAUCGCAUUGUGAAAAAGACUCCGUCUUUGAAUCUCGCUCUCCUCUACCCGAACGUCUUCGGACUCAUCACCACCAAGACGAAGGAGGAACUGGCCACCAUUUACCAUCGCAUUCAGAACGUGGCCCGGUACUACACCCGCGGACUCCUCCGCCUUUUCGAAGACGCGAUUACCAACGGCUUCGCGAGCGCAUACAAUGUUGGCGCGCCGUUCGGCCUCAACCGCGCUACAGCGCUGGAUAUGGUUGCCCCCUGGGUUGUCACCGAGGAGGCCUCGCGUCGUCAGGUACCUCGUGACGAGCUGCUGCGUGAGCAGAAGGACAUCGGCCAGCUAGUCGACUCUACAUGGGUCGCUCGAGCCCUCCUGGUCUCGGCCGAUGAAGAUUGGCGCUCGGCGCACACCGCUAUCGGGCUGGAACCGGUUUACCAGAUCAUCGACGACCGGGACUGGAAGGACGACACGGUCGCAUCCAUGGCCAUGACGGCGCGGUCGUUCGUUAAUGUCCUGACGCGCGAUGUCAACGAGACCGUCUAUAGCCUCGCCUAA